CUUUCCCCAUGUGUGAAAUGUAGUUAUUAACUCCAGACAUGGGCCUAUUAUGUUGCUUUGAAGGUGGAAGCAGAGGAGGUAAGCCAAAGGCUUUGCAGGCUAUAAAACGGUGAAACCGAGCAGCAGUGGAGUUGCUCUUUCUCCACCUCCCUCCCCCUCACUCCAAACAUUCUGGAGAUCUUGUGUCAUUUCUUCAGGUGACCUUUGCAACUUCCUAGCCCUGGGUCAGAAGUAAAUUCCUUUAGUCUUCACUGCCUUAACGCCCUGCAUGUUGACUUCCUUAUCAAAAGCAAGAAUAGUUAUUAUUUCUAGAGGGCUCUCUUUGUGCCAGGGUCUGUGUUAACUACUUUGCUUGGGUUACCUCGUUUAAUCAGUAGAAGAUCCUUCAUCUUCUACCCCUAUUUUCCAACUGGGUUGCAUCUGUAAUUGCCUGUUUAACAUCUGUGUCUCCCACUAUGCUGUGAGCUCUGAGAGACAGGGCCAUGGCUGUUGUGUACAUUUUAGUAUCCCCAGCAUCUAAUGAAUAUGACUCUCCUGCCAUCACGAACCUCAUGCUCAAGAGCAGUGUCCUGCAACUUUUUGCCACUGUGAUGAACAGCAGUCUCUCCUAUUCCUAUUGUCCACUGGGCACUAAGGGGAGGAGGACAUCAGUCCACUUCUCUCUAGGUUUUUGGAUGAGAAAGACCCAGAACAUUUAGGCUUCCAACUGGGUUGGGGGAGGGAGGAUUUUUUUUUUAAGGACAAUCCAGCCCCAUAUGCUGUUCCUGGGGUGAGCCUGAUACGUUUGAUUCUGGGGCAUUAGUAGGUAGGAUUUGCCUAUGCAGCCUUUGUCCUUCCUCUCCAGCAGCCUGAGAACCACACUCACCUCCACCCAAACCCUCCCCAAAAUUCUGGAGAAAUAUAGCCAGAGAACUCAUCCUUUCCAGGAGUCUUCUCAGAAGGCAGAGUCAUGGUUGGAAACAUUCCUUCAUUCAACAAAUAUUCAUCAAGCAGCUACUUGUGGGGACACAGAGCUUGGCACUGGUUACACAGUGGGAGUGAAGACAGACAUAGUGAUGUUGCAAUAGAGCUCCCAGAUCAAGGCAAAACCGCAUCUUCAGGAAGUGUUAAGAAGGAGAACACACGGGGCUUAGAAAGCCUGGAGCAGGGACUUGAUCAAAUGCAGGAGAGGGUUGUGAUCCUGGAAGACUUCCCUCGGGAAGUGAUCCUUGGCUAACGCCGCUGGUUCACCAGUCCUCUGCUGAAGUUUUCCAUGGACACAGCCUAGCAGAAAGAUGCAGCCUUUAUGUCUCACUGGCCGCUGACCCACCGGCCCGAUGACAGCACCUCUGAGUACAUUCCCAGUUCAGUUCCAACAGCCCUCGGUCAGCGGCCUCUCACAGAUCACCAGCAGCCUGUAUAUCAGCAAUGGGGUGGCCGCCAACAACAAACUUAUGCUCUCCAGCAACCAGAUCACCUCGAUCAUCAAUGUUUCAGUGGAGGUGGUGAAUACCUUAUUUGAGGACAUCCACUACGUACAGGUGCCUGUGGCUGACACACCCAUGUCGCGUCUCUGUGACUUCUUUGACCCCAUUGCCGACCACAUCCACAGUGUCGAGAUGAAGCAGGGCCGCACGCUGCUCCACUGUGUGGCUGGUGUGAGCCGCUCAGCUGCCCUCUGCCUCGCCUACCUCAUGAAAUACCACGCCAUGUCCUUGCUGGAGGCCCACACGUGGACCAAAUCUUGUCGGCCCAUCAUCCGGCCCAACAAUGGCUUUUGGGAGCAGCUCAUCCACUAUGAGUUCCAGCUCUUUGGCAAGAACACCGUGCACAUGGUGAACUCCUCUAUGGGACUGAUCCCUGAUAUCUACGAGAAGGAAGUCCAUUUAAUGGUUCCACUGUGAGCCGUGCCACCAGCUCCUGCACCAGGGUCAGAGGUGCGGAUCUGCCACCGAUCCUACACUAAGAGCUGAACUUAAACAUUCCUUUUGUGAUACAGAAACAACCAGAUGAUGCCUUUUAUCAGAGCAAUAAAAAAGGAAGCGUGCUGUAGCUUUUAAUCUUGUAAUCUAUAUCUUUAAAGAUUAAACUCACUAAAUGGAAAAUGGUAAAGAUAAGUCUCCUACCCUGUGAGUGAUAGGUCGUGGCUGUGGGCCGGAGGGGAGAGUGAGUAAGGUGCGUGGCGGCUGUUUGUCAGCUGGACCAGUGCUCAAAGGAUAUGGCAGGACUGGAACCCUGCAGCCUUGCCCCAGACCAACUCACCAGGAAUGGGUCUGCCACGGUCCUACCUCGUUCUUUCACGCCCAACGCCAGAGCCUUAAGCAGCAUGCCACCUCCUUGCUUCUCACAGGAAGAGCCAGCCUAUUGGAUAAGUAACCUCAACAGUGCUCUGGGAGCCCUCAGGGCCCCAGGCCAGCCCCACUCCCACCUGCAACCACAGGGGCAGUUUUCUGGAUUGGAUUUACACAUAAGAUAAUUUUCAAAGAAAGCAUUCCACCAUAUCAAAAACUUUAAAACUUUUUUGAGUGCUGACGUACAUGAUAGGUUGUCAAAGUGCCCUUGACAAUCCCCUGCCAGUCUCUGAUGAAAGGUGGUAUUAGUUUUCUCUGGGGUACAUGUGGAGAGGCCUGGAACCAGGCCUCGGAGGUUCCUAUCACAGGCCUUGGCUUGGUGAUCUGGAGAGCUGCAGACCUGAACCAAGCCUCGUCACCCCCUCCCCAUUUGACCCUGGACCUCUUGGAGCCUGUUUCCUCAUCUGUCUGAACAAUGGCAGCCCUUUCCUCACAGGGUUGUCAUGACCAUUCAACAAUUCCUUAGCAUGGUGCCUGGCACGUGGCGGGUGCUUCAUGUAACUGGCUGCUCUCAUCAUGACUGAUGCUGUGGCCCUCCUGGUCCAAGUCAGCACAGCCAUCCUGGUAACAGCAUUUCCCGCAUCUGUGCACAGUUCUUUACUGUUAUAAAGUGUUCUUUCAAAAAGUCAUCCUGUGUGGGGAAAAAAGUUUUAAACCCCUUCAGACACUGCCCCAGAGGACACCCAGACUUCAGAGCUUUUUCAGAGCUCUCAUUUUGUUUAAUCUGUGUGUGAACUGGGGGUCCUAACGCAAGGAGCAUACUUCCAGCUUCCCC